CAGAGGAAGCAGAAUGGCAAGAACCAAGCAGACCGCUCGUAAAUCCACCGGAGGAAAAGCUCCCAGGAAGCAGCUGGCCACCAAGGCUGCCCGCAAGAGCGCGCCGGCCACCGGCGGUGUGAAGAAGCCUCACCGUUACCGUCCCGGUACCGUGGCUUUGAGAGAGAUCCGUCGCUACCAGAAAUCCACGGAGCUGCUGAUCCGCAAGCUGCCCUUCCAGCGCCUCGUCAGAGAGAUCGCUCAGGACUUCAAGACGGACCUGCGCUUCCAGAGCUCCGCUGUCAUGGCUCUGCAGGAGGCCAGCGAGGCUUACCUGGUCGGUCUCUUCGAGGACACCAACCUGUGUGCCAUCCACGCCAAGAGGGUCACUAUCAUGCCCAAAGACAUCCAGCUGGCCCGCCGCAUUCGUGGAGAGAGAGCUUAGACCCACAGCACUCACUUUACACCUGGCACAACGGCUCUUUUAAGAGCCACACAUGUUCACUGUGAGAGCUCAAUGUCCCACAUAACAAUUUAUCUAUUAAUCUUCUGGGGUGAUGCAGCCACAUAACUAAUGUUAUUGCUUUUCCUACAUAACACUGUUUAUCUGACAGCUCAUCUUAAAAACAAAUUCAUUUCAUUAAGAUCUUCUCGCUCAAUACAUUUUUCCCCGGUUUGUAUUAAUUUUGUUGGUUCAGCCAAAAGCAUUUCACAUGGGGCUGGACUUUAGCAUCUGUCAGUAGUUAGAC